AUGGUCGUAGCAACGGGCACCAUAGAGAGCGGCCGCACUCUGCUGUUCGCCGACCGCCUCAUGCUGCUGCGUGUGCUGCCGGUGCUCAUAUCCCUCGCUGCACGCACCGAGGCCGAGGCAGAAACGCUAUUCCGGCGGAGAGUAAAGCUCGACCGCCUGCUCAGACUCUUCAAGCGUGAGCCCUUAGUAGCGGGCUACAAGGAGGUACCAUUCGCCCUCGCAUCUCUCCUGCCAGACCUCUCUCCUUUCUUCCGCAAGCUGUGUGUUGAGAAGGGCGUGCUGCUGCCCGUGCCAAGCAACAUGGACGCCAAGGAAGUGUCACGAGUGUAUGACCUGCUGCCUCAGAUGCCAGCCAUUGCCAAGGCACACGAGGAGCUCUGCCUGCGAUUCACCGCUGCCAUGAACAAGCUUACAGUCAUGAAGCAUGCGAGGGUCAAGUCCCGCUCUCCACAGGCCAAGGAGAUGGUGCAGCAUGGAUUCUCACAGGCAGAGCUGCAAGCUGUGCUACAGGUGUGUAUUGAUGCUGGGUCUCUGGCUGUUGUUCUAAAAGUUGAGCUGAUCGCAUACAUCAAGGGCGUGGCGGCCAUGAUGACGGCAGUGGAGGGGGACAUCGCAUGGGUGCUAAGGGAGGCCAUCCAUGCAGAUGUGCAGGAGUUUGCACGCGUCUACGUGGCCUCGCUGCUCAAGCGCGUCUCCUCCUCCAACAUGGACUCACCCUACGCGAGGGCAGUGGCAGCAGACUGGGCGGGGAUACCGGAGGAGGAGGCGCUAGAGGUGGUGGUGAAGAGCAGGAAGGGGCACCCUGUCAAUGAGGACGACCUCAAGCGGCUUGCCUUGCCGCGUCCCACCCCACCCUCCCUCGCCCAGAUUCACUGUCUGCAGCACCUGGUGCAGGCGCUGGUGAUCGGGGCAAGCGCGGGAGUGAAAGGGGGGUUCUUUGGCCCGGAGAAGAGCAAGCAGGGGGGCAAGGAGGAGGGGGGGAAGAGUCGCAGCAAGGGCCGGGACAGGGAGGUGUCGGCGAGUGAGAUCAAGGAGCUCGAUAACUUCUUGCAACGACUGCUCUUCUUCCCUCACCUGCUGGAUUAUCCCAGUAUGCACCUCAAGAGGGACAGGGAGGUAUCAGCGAGUGAGAUCAAGGAGCUUGAUAACUUCCUGCAGCGCCUGCUCUUCUUCCCGCACCUCCUCGACUACCCAAGUAAGUUGGUUGCUGGUUCGCAAGUAUCCAUGGGUUUUGAGGUGUUUCAAGUCAAGAGGGACAGGGAGGUGUCGGCGAGUGAGAUCAAGGAGCUCGAUAACUUCUUGCAACGACUGCUCUUCUUCCCUCACCUCCUGGAUUAUCCCAGUAUGGAGGUGUCAGCGAGUGAGAUCAAGGAGUUGGAUAACUUUUUGCAACGCCUGCUCUUCUUCCCGCACCUCCUCGACUACCCUAGUAUGUUGUUUGGUAUACCAAGAUCCUUUACACAGGCCGGCAGCUGUGCGGUAGUCACUAUGGUAGGCGCCGUAGGUGACACGGGGGUGGUGGACACCCUGGAGGCACGGCUGGAAAACGCGAGGAGGAAGCACGAGGCCAACGAGUAUGGCGACCUGCCGUGGGCGGUCGUCGAGGCUGGCAUCCGUUCCUUGUGGGCGACGGAGCACCCUUCUCGGCCUGCUUCUCCUCGACCGGUGAACACCGAGGGCGGCGUCGACAUGGGCGUCAACGCCGGAGGCGACCAAGUCGGCAGCAGUGCGGGAGGCAUGUCGUCGAGGCAGCGUGGUGUGAUUCACGCCGAUGAAGUCGGCGGCGUUUAA